CGCAUCAGCGCGCGGAGGCAGGAGGCGCAGGCUCAUUGUUCCGGGAGCCGUCGGCCCUGCAGCUCCCUCGGCUCGGUGGGCCCGGCCCGCUCCGUGCUCCCCGCCCCCACCAGCGCCGGCGCGCGGCGGCGGAGAAGCGGCAGCACCGUCUGCAGCCCGGCCGCCAUGGAAGACCUGGACCAGUCGCCGCUGGUGUCCUCGUCGGCGGACACCCCGCCCCGGCCGCAGCCCCAGUUCAAGUACCAGUUCGUGCGGGAGCCGGAGGACGAGGAGGACGAGGAGGAGGAGGAGGACGAGGAGGACGAGGACGAGGACCUGGAGGAGCUGGAGGUGCUGGAGAGGAAGCCCGCCGCCGGGCUGGCGGCCGCCCCGGUGCCCGCCGCGCCGGUGCCCGCCCCGGCGCCCGCCCCGGCGCCCUCCGCCCCGGCGCCCGCCGCCCCCGCGCCCCUGCUGGACUUGGGGGAUGACCUGGUGCCCCCGGCGCCCCGGGGCCCUCUGCCGGCCGCGCCCUCCGCCGCCCCCGAGCGCCCGGCGCCCUGGGACCCCAGCCCCGCGGCGGCCACGGUGCCCGCGCAGAGCCUGCCCGCGGCCGCAGCCUCGCCCUCCGCGCUCCCCGAGGACGACGAGCCCCCGGCCCGGCCGCCCCCUCCUCCCCCGGCCGGCAUGAGCCCCCAGGCUGAGCCCGCGUGGACCCCGGCCCCCGCCGCGCCCCCCUCCACGCCGGCCGCGCCCAAGCGCAAGGGCUCCUCGGGCUCCGCGGAUGAGACACUUUUUGCUCUUCCUGCUGCAUCUGAGCCUGUGAUGCACUCCUCUGCAGAAAAAAUUAUGAACUUGAAGGAGCAGCCAGGUAACACUGUUUCGGCUGGCCAAGAGGAUUUCCCAUCUGUCCUGCUUGAAACUGCUGCUUCUCUUCCUUCUCUGUCUCCUCUCUCAGCUGCUGCUGCUUUUAAAGAACAUGAAUAUCUUGGUAAUUUAUCAGCAGUAUUACCCACCGAAGGAAUACUACAAGAAACUUCAAGUGAAGCUUCUAAAGAGUUCUUAGAGAAGGCAAAAAAUCCAUUCGUAGAUAGAGAUUUCACAGAGGCUUCAGAACUGGAAUACUCAGAAAUGGGACCCUCGUUCCGUGGCCCUCCAGGAGCAGAGUCUGCCAUACCAGUAGCAAACCCUAGGGAAGAGAUAACCCUGAAGAAAAAAGAAGAGGAGGAUUUAGUUAGUAAUAAUGUCCUUCAGAAUCAACCAGAGCUACCUGUAGCCAGCGCUGAAUCGGUUAAAGAGGACAAAGUUUUGUCUCCAGAACAAACAAAGGAUAGCAGUAAAACAGGCGUUGCAGUAGGUUUGAAAGGAACUCCAAUGAGGGAGGAGUAUGCAGAGUUCAAACCAUUUGAGCGAGUGUGGGAAAUGAGAGGUAGGGAUGAUGAAGAUAGUAGUUUGGUGGCUGCUGGGGUUAAGAUAGAGAGCAAGUUGGAAAGUAAAGUGGAUAUGAAAAGUUUUGGAGAUAGCCUUGAGCAAACAAAUGCUGAGAAAGAUAGUGAAGGCAGUAAUGGCGAGGCUUCCUUUCCUGAUACUCCAGAAGCUAUGAAAGAGGGGUCAGAAACAUACAUCACGUGUGCUCCGUUUAGCCCAGGAGCGACCAAGGGCAUCGCAACAAAUAUCUUUCCUUUGUUGGAAGACCAUACUUCAGAAAAUAAGACAGACGAAAAAAAGAUAGAGGAAAAAAAGGCCCAAAUUGUGACAGAGAAGAUCACUAACAUCAAAAUGUCAAACCCUUUCCUUGUAUCGGCACAGGGUUCUGAGACAGAUUAUGUCACGACGGAUAGCUUGUCAAAGGCGACUGGGAAAGCAGUGGCAAGUAUGCCUGAGGGUCGCACCCCAGAUUUAGUACAGGAAGCAUGUGAAAGUGAAGUGAGUGAAGCUGUAGGUACGAAGAUGGCUUAUGAGACAAAAAUGGACUUGGUCCAAACAUCAGAAGCUGUGCAGGAGUCACUGUGCCCUGCCACGCAGCUUUGCCCCUCAUUUGAGGAAUCCGAUGCCACUCCUUCUCCGGUUUUGCCUGACAUUGUUAUGGAAGCACCAUUAAAUUCUGUUGUUCCUGGUGCUGGCGCUUCUGCGGUGCAGCCCAGUUCACCAUUAGAAGCUCCUCUUUCGGUUAGUUAUGAAAGCACAAAACGUGAGCCUGAAAACCCUCCACCAUACGAAGAGGCCAUGAAUGUACCACUUAAAAAGGUACCCGGAAUAAAGGAAGAAGUAAAAGAGCCCGAGAGUCCCAGUGCAGCUGUUCAAGAAACAGAAGCUCCUUACAUCUCCAUCGCGUGCGAUUUAAUUAAGGGAAUGAAGCUCUCUGCUGAGCCAACUCCCGGUUUCCCUAGUUACUCAGAGAUGGCGAAAACGGCACAGCUGGUGCCCGGUCAUUCUGAGCUCCUCGACGACUCCUCUCCCGAUUCUGAGCCCGUUGACUUAUUUAGCGAUGAUUCUAUACCUGAAGUUCCUCAAAAGCAGGAUGAAGCCGUGAUGCUUGCGAGAGAAAGCCUCACUGAAACGCCGCCUGAAUCAGUGACAGAACGUGGCAGUAAGGAGGAGCUUAGUGCUUCACCACUCGAGGGGGGGAAGCCGUAUUUAGAGUCUUUUCAGCCCAAUUUAGAUGCUACAAGAGAUACCUUACCACCUGAUGAAGUUUCAACAUUGACCAAAAAGGAGAAGAUUCCUCUGCAGAUGGAAGAGCUCGAUACCACCGUUUACUCAGACGAUGGCUUGCUUGUUUCUAAGGAAGCAGAGUUAAGAGAAAGUGAGACAUUUUCCGAUUCAUCUCCAAUUGAGAUCAUAGAUGAGUUCCCUACAUUUGUCAGUCCUAAAACUGAUGUCCCUCCUCCAAUGGCAAGAGAAUACACUGACCUAGAAAGAUCCCAUGAAAGUGAAAUUGCUAACGUCCAAGAUGGAGCUGGGUCAUUGCCUUGCUCAGAAUUGCCCCAUGACCUUUCUCUCAAGAAUAUACAACCUAAAGGUGAAGAUAAAAUCCGUGUCUCAGACGAGUUCUCCAAAGAUAGGUCUGAUAUAUCAGAGGUGCCCUCACAGCUUCCCGACGUUUCUGCUCUGGCCGUCCAACCAGAGAUAGGCAGUGUAGUCAGACCCAAAGUUCUUGUGAAAGAAGCUGAGAAAAAACUUCCUUCCCGUACAGAGGAGGAGAAGAGAUCACCCACUGCUAUAUUUUCAGCAGAGCUGAGUAAAACUUCAGUUGUUGACCUCCUCUACUGGAGAGACAUAAAGAAGACUGGAGUGGUGUUUGGUGCCAGCCUGUUCCUGCUGCUGUCAUUGACAGUGUUCAGCAUUGUGAGUGUGACAGCCUAUAUCGCCUUGGCCCUGCUCUCUCUGACGAUCAGCUUUAGGGUAUACAAGGGCGUGAUCCAAGCCAUCCAGAAGUCAGAUGAAGGCCACCCAUUCAGGGCGUAUUUGGAGUCUGAAGUCGCUGUAUCUGAGGAGUUGGUUCAGAAAUACAGUGAUUCUGCCCUUGGCCAUGUGAACUGCACGAUAAGAGAGCUCAGACGCCUCUUCUUGGUUGAUGAUUUAGUUGAUUCUCUGAAGUUUGCCGUGUUGAUGUGGGUAUUCACCUAUGUUGGCGCCCUGUUCAAUGGUCUGACACUACUGAUUUUGGCCCUGAUUUCACUCUUCAGCGUCCCUGUUAUUUAUGAACGGCAUCAGGCUCAGAUAGAUCACUAUCUAGGACUUGUGAAUAAGAACAUUAAAGAUGCUAUGGCUAAAAUCCAAGCGAAAAUCCCUGGAUUGAAGCGCAAAGCUGAAUGAAAAAGUCCACAGGAGUUAACAACAGGAGAUCGUCUUUAACUGGGGUAUUUUUCAUGGGGUCACCUGGGGGAGGGCCGGGGGAGAACGGGACCUCGACGCUGCAGUGCACUUCCACAGAUCUUUAUUUUUAGCAAUGCAGUGUUUGAGGGAAAGGACCUGUCUUGACUGCCCUGUGUUCAUCAUCUUAAGUAUUGUAAGCUGCUCUGUAUGGAUUUGAACCCUAAUUAUGUUUGUUUUUCCUGUGUGAGGCACUGGUGAACGAUCUGAGGAAGCUGUGUGCUACGCUUUGUCGCAGGUAGUCUUGCUGUAUUUUGGGAAGUUGCAGAGAAAGUGGAGCUGGAAAAAAAAAAAAACCUUUCCACAGUUUGUGCACUGUGUAUGGUCUGUGUAGAUGGAUGCAGGUUUUCUGAAAUGAAAUGUGUAGACAAGAUCAUACCACUAAAGCAGGCAUGAGAAAGCUCACCCUUCUGGUAUGUUCUAGGUGUAUUGUGAAUUAUACUAUUAAUUGCCAAUAUAAGUAAAUAUAGAUUAUAUGUAUAUCUAUACAUAGUGUUUCACAAAGCUUAGACCUUUAUCUUCCAGCUGCCCUACAGUGCUUGAUAUUUCCGAGUUGUCGGUUGUAUGUGUUUAGUUCCAAAGCACGUAAGCUAGAAAAAGAAGCUGCGUUUCUCGGCGCACUACCACCUGUUUUCCGUCUGAAACUAUGCCGUGCACAUAGGACCCCUCUGCAUACACGUCACUGCACCGACUUACUGUAGUUCAUUUUGUCACAAACUCGGAAUCUGUGGACUGAACUUAAUGCUUCCAAAAACUUUGUUUGCAAAUAUCAAAUGUUGUUAUGCAAGAGAUUAUAAAUUGCAGAUUUAUACAAUUGUGGUUUAAGCUGUACUGAACUAAAUCUGUGGAAUGCAUUGUGACCUGUAAAAGCGAAGUAUCAAUAAAGCUUAUAGACUUAAA